UCUGCACUGAAAACAGGAGGGAGAGAGCCAGGGAGAGACGCGGGAGCCAGGGGAGCCGAAAGCCGCCCGCCCCUCCGCACCAGGCAGAAGCCCAGCCAUGGCACCCCGGAUAAGAUUGAGUCUUUCAAAGCCUCUCCCAACCAUAUGCGAAACCCACGAGGAAGCGAUGGAAGAUUCAAGCAGCAAUCUGAAAUGCACUGGAAGCACUGCAGCCAGCCCAGACUCGUACUCCAGCGACGAUUACAUUCAAUCCAUCUGCCACCUCGCCAGACCCACCUUCCCGGGCCUUCCUGAAAGCAGCCAUAAGGUUCAGAACAGAAAGACCUUGAAGACCCUUGAAGAUGGGUCAUGGUCUCCAUCCCUUGGGGGGACACAGCAGGAAAUGUCAAAAUGUAAAUUGACCAAUUUCAUCUCAAAUGUGGUGCCGCUGGGAAAAGUCACGCCUGCAGAAGCUGACUUCUGGUCCAGAGAGGACCCCCUGGCACAGAUUUACACCCACGCAGGAAAACUCUGCUCCUCUAAGGCUUCUUCGUACAGUAGAAGCUCCAUCACGGGCUACUCGCAGUGCAACUCUUCCUCCCCAAACAGUGAACUUCAUCCCCCAACCAUGAAAGAAAAAGCCACAGGGAAACCCAAUUUGCUGCGAGUGUUCAGUUUUCCAAGGCUUCCCUCCCCAAGACCAGUGCAGAAAGAAGUGGUCUGCUCAGAGCUGAAGUAUCUCAGAAGAGAUGAGGGAGCUGUUUUAGGGAGUAACCCCAGUCAGAAAGAAAACGGUCCCGUGUUCGUUACCGGUGAAGAGCUAUCGCCAUGCUCAGCCAGAGGGAAGCUGCUGGGAAACCCGGCCCUGCGCUGCUCUGUAAGAAGGCAGAGUUGUUUGUUCAAUACAGCAGGCACCGACGAAAAAGAAGGGAGAGAAAAUUCUCACUGUGACAAAAAUGUAAUGGGUGAUGUCCCCAGUAAGCAGAGAUACUCUGAGUGCUUCCAGGCAGCUAAAAAAGCCAUGAUCCAUAGCUGGAUUUCAGAGCACAGAUGCAUCUGGAAAGAAGCAAAGGUAAAAGCUUGUUUGCUCCCAGCCAUUGCUGAAGUGUGAAGAAGUAGCUGUUCAGAAUAAUUUUAUUCACAAGAAAUAACCACCCUGUGCUCUAGAAGCUCUCCCUGGAGUCCUUACACAGAAAAUAUGGCUUGAAUGUGCAUGCAAGUCAGGCAGACUUUUGUGACCCAUCAUAUCCCUCAUCAGUGGGCAAAGGGACAAUUCAGAGUCUCAUCCACUAAGGAAACAGCAACUAAUUCUCAUUUUGGAAAGGCAACAGUUCAUAAAGCAUCUCCCCACACCUAUUGCCUAGAACCGCAUGGAGAAAAGCUGAUGAGAGUACAAACCCCAUCUGUUCUGGAGGAGAAGUGAUCUGCAGGAACAUCAGACUACUGGUGUUCUCCAGCAAAUGCCGAACAGCCAGAUGUUGCUCACACUUGGGUAUGGUUAUUCUGAAAAGAACAUUUUGACCAAUGCUUGGACAGUACUAAAUGUGCUCUCUCUGACAUGUACAUUUACUAGGAGACCCAUUAUAGAUCACGGCAUCACCACCAGAAUACCACCGGAUAGGUCACCUGUUAGUGCAGUACCAUAAAGACAUAUUUUUAAAAAAUCAUAAGAAGUCUUUUAUGAGGAUUUGCUAGAGGGCAACAUGGAGAAUAUUACAACUCCUCGGGGGGGGAAAAAGUUUUUUCCUGUUGCUUACACUGAACAGCCCCGUUACCUUUACUCCUUGAUUUACCCUUGGCAGGAGGAGAGCUAGGAGCCCUGCCGUGCCAGUGCUGCGGCUGUCCUGGCGCUGUAACAACCUGCGAUGUCAGCUGUAAAAAACCAGGUAUCACGCUGGUCUCUGCCCUGUCGCACCCACACCAGCGAGGCUGCACGCCACGGGCACACCCAGAGUUUGCUGCUCGGGUGCAGGAGCCCCACAAGCUCGCACGCAGCUCUGCAGGCUCAGCAGCACGACGGGAAGAGCAGCUUUGGCUGAGGGGCAGCCCGGGGAUGCCGGGCUGGCGUUCACAGGACCUGAAUGUAAAAUAACAAUUUCUGGAUUUCCCUUCAUAUUUGUGCUUCUGUGUUCUCACCUACCUGACCAUGCUAACGAUGCUGACUGUGCUUCGCCUGGUGCUGUGUGACUGAAACAUGAAAAAAACACACGCGCAUGUUACGACCAUCCAGCACAUAACAUACAUGAAACAAUUCAGUUGAUAUUAACGAUACGUGGGAUGUCUGUAGGAAGAGAAGCAUUCCCGCGCCGCUGUGAGAUCCCGGCGUGGCGUGGUGAGCACAUGGCCAGGUUAUCCCUCGCUUCUGCGUGGAGACAUCUCCGUCCAGAGAAACUGUCUCUCAUGGGCGCUUCCUCCUGCAGUCAGAGCAACCUCACGUACCUGCGCCUGGUACAGCACUCUCUGUAGCCAGCCAAGAGAAGUAGGGGAGAAUACUGCAGAGCAAUACUAGCAAAUUAUUAUUACUACUACUAGGAAUAAAUCUUUUGGCACAGAGGAGAGCAGAGGGACCAGGCUGUUUGUUCAACUGCAGCUAAGAUGGGAAAUACCAUUGGAAAGCUGCAAUUCUAAAAAUGCUCACAAGCGAUUUCUAAACCACCCAUAAGCAGAUUAAAUCAGAAGGCAACUUCUGCUCAGUACCAACAUGAGUGUAAAUACGCUCGAGGAUCAAAAGGUGAGCAUAUUUGAGCUUCUCAUUCUCACAUCUCUUACCUCAAAUAUUUUUUCUCCUGUUGAAACUCAUUAGCGUUAUGGAACUGAACUGCUUCUCAUCUUCAUUUUUGAACUAACCACACAGCAAGAACAAAAGUGAAGGUGGCUCCAGCUUUUAAUAGAGCUGAUAGAGAGAGUCGAAUCAAGGAAGGUGCCAGCCCGCUCUGCCUCCUCCGCAUCUUUCCCUUCCUUCUCAGGUUAACGCUGGGAUUUAAGUGAUGCUUGUCCUCAUUGCCCCGCUGACGUUUUAAUUUCUCUCCAUGUGAAUAUUUAUGACACUAAUGCCUAGCAAGUCUUGUGCCCACUGCAUGUAUCACUGCUUUUAACAGAGAAAACAAAUAAAACUGUUACAUC